UUGCUCUAUCUCUCUCUCACACUUAACGUUCAUAUUAUCUCUCUCUCUCUCUCUCUCCCUCUCUCUAAAUCUAAAAACUCUUCCGUUUCUCUCUAUCUCUGUAUGAAAACGAUGAAGUCCCCAGCGAAGAUCGGAGAGUCUCGAUUCUUAGGAAACAUCUCGACUUCCUCGAUCCGAAACCUCCUCCCCCGAUCCAUCUACGCGAAGCAGAAAUCAAUCCAAAGUCAGAGUUUCAGAUCCAACGACGAGAACGCGCCACCCUGCGACCCAAACGCACUCACUCCUCAUUCCGAUCUCCAACUGAAAAACAAAUCUCCUCAGAAAGUGUUUCCCUCCACUCCCCCCGAAGAACACACUCAGAUUCUCAAAUUGGGACCGGACACUUACUCUGAAGCCAAGGAGGAUACUGCUUCAAAAUCUCCAUCGAAGUUUGAAGGAAGGAGUGUACUAGCUACAAGAUCUAACGAGAUAACAGAGGAAGAUGACGAGUUGGGUGACCAGAUCCGUGAACUAAAGGAGGAUCUAAUCAGAACCAAGUCUGAUGGUUACAAACCUGAUGGAAGCAAGAGUGGUGGUUACUUUGCUAGGGAGAGCUUGAGUCAGUUGAGGAUGAGCAUCAACAAGUCUUUAGUCAUGUCCUGUGAUGAUAACAAAAAAGAUGAUGAUGGUGAUUAUGAUGUGAUGGAGCUGAAUAAACAUGUUGAGAAGUAUUGUGAUGAUGCUGAUGACUUGAGGGAUUCAGUGCAAUCCUCCUUUGCAAGUGCUUCCUGCUGUGAAGCUGAGUCUAUGAGUGGAGAUGAGAUCUGUUCUGAAGAUGUUGAGAUACACAAAGAGUGUGCAUUUUCUGAAUCUGUGGGAAGUGGGAUCUCAAUCAGUUUACCUCAUCAGACUCGCGUUCUCGAAGAGCCAAUUUUGUCUGAAUCUCCAAAGCUUAGGAACUUCCGCAAGAGCGUGGCUGCGUCUACAAAGUUUCAAGCAAGUGCUAGGAAUGUAACCGAGAGCUCCAACAAAAAGCCUUUGAAUCCAACGGAUUCUCUAGCUGCAAGUCUCCAGAGAGGACUGCAGAUUAUAGACACUCACCAACGGAGCUCUUUAUCAAACAGAUCUUCUGUUUCGUUCUCGUUUGGUCAUCUGUCUCUGAAGCCUUGCGAUGAAGCCGAGAUUCUCAGUGCCUCGGUUAAAUCGUUACAAGAAGUUAGAUCAAAAGAAGGUGGUUCAUCUAUUCUCCUCUGCCUUUCUUGCAGACAGAAACUUGACCAAGAAGCUGAGGGAGGAUGCACAGACGAGAAGCAUCUCAAGAACAUAUGUGCGGAGCAGGCUACCAAAAUUGAGCAGCUAACUUGUUUGUUAGACCAAUACAAAAACAACACUAUGCAAGAGCCUAGUAAGCUAACGAAUACCAAUGAUGGAGGAGAUAAGACAAACCAGCUAAGUGAAAAGGAAGCUCUUCUAAAGGAGAUUGCAGAGCUCAAGAGCAAGCUGCAGCCUACUAAAUCAACAGAGAACCUGAGAUCCUCUCUGCUACUGCGGUCCUUUCAAAUGAGGAAAAGCACUGAUCUAACGAGAAACACUGAGAACAACAGUGAUGGUCUAGAGGAGGAACGUGAAAGGUGGACAGAGAUGGAGAGCGAAUGGAUAUCUUUAACAGACGAUCUAAGAAUGGAUAUUGAUAACCACCGAAGACACGCAGAGGAUCUGGAGAUAGAGCUCAGAAAAGAGAAAACGGCUGCAGAGGAGCUAAAUGACGCUCUUGGUAGAGCCAUGCUUGGUCACAGUAGAUUCAUCGAGCAGUACACUGAGCUCCAGGAGAAGUAUGAUGAGUUAGUUGAGAGGCAUAACGUGACGUUGGCAGGAAUAGUUGAUGUGAAGAAAGCAGCGGCUAAAGCUGCAGUGAAAGGUCGUCAUGGGAAGAGUUUUGCCAAAGCCUUUUCAGCUGAGCUUACUGCCAUUAGAGCUGAGAAGGAGAAAGAAAGAGAGUUCUUGAAGAAGGAGAACAAGGGACUUAAGAUUCAGCUGAGAGAUACCGCUGAAGCUGUUCAAGCUGCUGGAGAGUUACUGAUCAGACUCAGAGAAACUGAGCAAUAUGUACAAUCCUCUGAGGAACGUUUCAGCUUACUUGAAGAAGAGAAUGCAAAGUUAAAGAUGCAGAUGGAGAAGUUAAAGAGUAAGCACAAGACAGAAAUGAGCACAAUGAAGCAAUAUCUUGCGGAAAGCAAAUUGCCAGGGUCUGCAUUACAGCCAUGGUUCACGGGGAAUGAGGAACAUUUAUCAGAAGACAGAACCGGUUUGGUCAAGGAGAAUGAAGAACAUGAGUCAGAACACAGAACCGGUGUGGUCAGCUAUGACGAUUAUGCAGACGAUCAGGCAUGGAGAGCUGAGUUUGGUGCCAUAUAUCAAGACCAUCAGUAUUGAUGACGAUUCUAUCAUUUCAUUUCAAGAGCAAAAACUUCGAAUCAGUCUCCUUUUGUCACAGACAAGACCCAUCUUGGGUCAUCUUAUCUUCUUAUGCUGCCUUAAAAUUCUUAUUCUGUCUUGUUGUUGUCGUCUUUACAUCUUCAAUUGUUGUGUGGCCAUCAACUGAUGAAUCAGGUUUUCUUGUAAUCUGAAUAUUAUUAAUUCGCCAAAAAUCGUUCAAUAUC